AUUAAAAUCUUUGUUUACUUCUAACUAGUAUCUUUGGUGAAGUGUUUUUGUUAUUGUGAGAAAAUAUUUUCGAUCCAAUUGCAAAUUAAAGCUUGUAUUGUUUAAUGUCUUUUGAUAUUAACAGUAAUUAUGCAAUAACGGCUUGAAUAUAUCCAUUAAAAGAUGUGAUUUUUAUUGUUUGUUUAAAUAUUCGAUAUCGAAAGUCAUUGUGAAUAAUAAGUGCUUGCAAAUUUUUAUUUCGUGUAGUGUUUUAUUUUGUUAUGUAAUCGAAGGAUAUGUGAAAAAGAAUUAUUAGUGUGAAUAUAUUACUGUUUUUCAAAUAUUGAGAAAAAAUAAACAUUGUCAUUUCGUAUGGGACACGUGGGUAUCAGUGAAUAAUCAAUAGAAGUGUAAGACGCGUGCGCCAGCCUCUAUCAACGAGACGAUUAUAAGCCAAGGUCACUCUACAAAACACGUGCAAUGUCGGAUUCUAUUUACACACAUGAUUUUCUUCUAGAGCCUGGAGUAGAGAUAAAACAGGAAUCUCCUUUCGAGCUUGGCCCCAUGUCUGCCUCUGUUCCUAUACCUCAGCGACGGACCGAGCUUGGAGACUUUAGCUCCGACUUAGAUCUUUGCCUGCAAGACAAUUUAGCUGGUUCAUUUCACAAUGUACCAUCAAUGCAAUAUAAUAAACUGGCUUUUGAAUCUGACAACUGUAAAAUGGAAAUAUUAAAUAAAAUGGAUGAUGAUGAUAUAUUUCAAGUAGACAAAGCAGAUUUAAUAUUAGGUCCAACACUAGCUGAAUUGAAUGCUAACCCUGACACAUUACUAGAGGAUUUAAAUUUCGAUGAUUUAUUGUUACCCGAAGAGAGUGGUUAUUGCAUACAAAUUGGUGGGGCCAUGAGCGGAUCUCGCCGUACACCAAACACUGUAGAGUUGUCAAACACUUUAACUGCAGAGAGCCCUUGCAGUCCUUAUAGUCGUGCUCAGCUUGCUUUCUCACCCUCAAGUCAGCACAGUUCUGCAUCAUCCAGUUUUGCACAACCAAUGAAUCAAUUGCCAGAACUACUUCUCCGUUUAGAUGGUUAUGGAGGUGAAAUUUCAUUGGGACAGUCUGUUCCAGCUUCUAGUGUAUUGCCACCAUUCCCUAUUGCUGUGAAACCACAAAAUACCCAACUUUCCUCAUCAGCACCAACACAUCUGACAAUGGAACAGAUAUGGCAACGCCGAGAACCCCGUAAGCACUUGCUGUCUACCAGCUCACUGGCAGAAGCAGGGUCAGCAUCCUCCCUCUCUGGAGGUUUACUCAGCCCUGGUGCAGGAGACAUCUCACAGGAUGAAGAUGAAAGGGAUGUAGAAUCUGAUGAGGACAGUGACAGAUAUGAGGAUCUAUCAUCUGAUGAAUCCAAUGAUGAGUGUUCUGAAAGUAAACAGGCAAGGAAUAAUGCCAAAAAAGAGAGAUUUUUCUGGCAGUAUAAUGUGCAAGCUAAAGGACCAAAAGGACAACGCCUCGUAUUGCAAAAAAAAUCUGAAGAUCCACACAUUCUAAAUUCAGUCACAGAUCCUGUAUUCAGCCCGAGCUGUAGUGUUAGAGGUAUAAAACACAGUGGGAAAGCAAGAAAAGGAGAUGGAAAUGAUCUUACACCUAAUCCAAGAAAAUUAUACCUUAUUGGCAAGGAAUUGGAUAAUCUGGGUAAAGUUAUCAAUGAUAUGAUUCCUGUCAGUGAGCUACCAUUUAACAUACGACCUAAAACUAGGAAGGAAAAGAAUAAACUAGCUUCUAGAGCUUGCCGGUUAAAGAAAAAAGCACAACAUGAAGCCAAUAAACUAAAACUGUAUGGUUUGCAACAAGAACACAGACGUCUACUUAAUGGAAUUUCUCAAAUGAAACAAGUUUUAAGCAACCGAGUAACUAAUCAGAAUCAGAACAAAGUUGACUGGAACAAUCAUAUCAAAGGCAUUGUUACUAAUGCUACAGAGGUGAAAAUAGCUGGUAAAACAUCAGAAUUCGUCAACAAAAUUCUGGACAAUGUUAAAUCUGGCCAUAGCAAUGGUGGUUUGAAUGAUUUAUAAGAGGUAGUUACAAAUGGAUGUGAAUAAUAAAACAAAAGGCUGUUCUAUGUACCUCCAAAGUUAUUUAGAAAAAGAGUUUUAUGUCUAUCUUUAAAAGUUUAACUGUCCAAGACAAGUUAUUUUUGUAUGGUAUCAAGAAUAAUUUUAGUCAUUAGAAGCUUUAUAAGGCAACUAAGAUGAAUAUAUCUAUGGUAUAUUUAGUUUUAAUUUUUUCAUUCUCAUAUGUUAAUUAUUAUCAUAGUUACUUAAAAACCGGUUACUACGUUGAAUAUACCAAAAUUUUUAUGUCUGAGAUAUUUUAUUAUCAAUUUUGUUCUUUGAAUAGGUACCUGUCGAUUAUAUUAGAUUUAAGAUCACUUUAUCCACAAAGUCAGUAUAAUUUUAAAUUAUAUAUGUUUAACAUAUAAAUUUGUAUAUAAAUUGUUAAUAUUUGUGAUAAUUUCACAUUUAUUUUUAUACUAUAUUUUAUAAUAUUUAAACAUGACAUAAUAUAGCUUUAGGCGUUAAUAAAAAUAUGCAUGCCACCGCAUAGAUAGGGUGGAGAGAAAGCAUUUGACAUAUUGUUGCGUUUUUAUUAUAUUACUAAAGCAAUAAUUAUAACUGUAUAUCAACUGACUAUAUAUGCUAAUGAAUUAAUUCUCGAAAAAAUAAUAUUUGUUAUCUACUCUCAGUAUUUUCACGUUCAAACCUCUCAUCAUCAUACAGUUGUCCAUUAUUCAUUAAUCUAGUACCACUGGUUUGUAGCAUGAAAGUGAGUCUUUACACUAACAUGAAAACAAACAGGCAAUUGUCUAUUUGUUAGCAUUAAUCUAUUAACACGCAUCGCGAAUUAUUAUUCACAUGAAUUUAGUUCUGCAUUAACAAUUUUUCCUCAAAUUAUGUAAGUAUUAAUUAUUUUCGCGGAACUUUAUUUCUUAGCACUGCAUGUAGCUUCAUAUAUGACUUAAAAUUUAAAGUUAAAAUAAUAUAGAUACCGAAAUUAUCAUUAUGGUACUAGAAUUGUCUGUUAGCGCUAUGGACGGAAUUAAUAUUAUAAAAAAAUCGAUAAUAUAAAUGCGUUUAUAUUUGUUUCGUUCUUAAUUCUGGCAGUUUUUUUAAUAUAUCAUUAUAAUAUAUUAAUGAAUAUUAAAUUUAUUCAACUACAGAUUUAUAUUGUUUAAAUUGCACGGGGCCAAGCCACGGGUAGCAACUGGUUUAUAAGUAAGUUAAUCUGUUUAUAAGCAAAGUAAUACGAUUAUUAUAAUGGAUACAAGAAAUUUGUUUACAAAAAAAUAUAUUUGAAAAGUUUAGUUAUUGUUUUUCUUUGGGUUUGUUAAAAUAAAAUUUAUUGUUAUGUUCUAAUAAUAUAAGGAUUGUGUUAUAUGUUUUUAUUAUAAUAAUUUUAAAUUCAUGCCAUUUUUUGCUGUUAAUUUAGUGUAUCAAAAACUUAGUUAUAUUAUUAUUGAUAUUGGAUUGAUAAGGUUUAUUAUUAAAUUCUACAUAAUUUAAGUACAAAGGAAAACGUACCGUUGACAACGAUCGAUUAAAAGUUCAAGGGAUACCUUUAAUGAAAUAUAUAGGUGGAUUAAUAUCAUGUCUAAUGUCCUUAUAAUAAAUGUAAAUAAAUAUUUGGUUAAAAUCAUUAAUGUCGCUUAAUGUUACUUAUUACUUUUUCUGGUGUUAGUACCAGAUAUCCCAAGAGUUUAUAAAAGUGAUAUGCUAUGUUAUGUAUUUAUUGUUUAACUGUGAUAUUUACCUGCAAUUAAAAACUUAUACAGACACCAAAUCAUAUGAAAUAUUCGAAAUUACUAUUAUAAGAGUAAAUAUACUUUAUAGACGAUUAAUUUAACUUCACAAAUACAUUGAUACCAUGUAUUUAAUACUAAUUGGCAGUUUUGGCUUAUUGUGUUUGUCAUAUGUUAUUGGACAUUGCUUAUAAAAUGCUACACAUUUUAUAAUGUAUAUAUAUCACAGCCAAAUGGUGUAUUAAAUCUGCGUCAUUACAACUCCUCAAAGCGUGUUUUCAAAAGUUGCUAGCCAUUAGUAGCCAUUAAAUAAUUGCAGAGAAUAUUCCAUAAUAUUUGGCUGUGAAAUAUAUUAUGUAGAUACUACGAUGUUUGUAAAUAUAGGUAAUAUAGACAUACAUUAUUUUAAGUGAAAAAUAUUUUUAGAUGAAGUCAAAGAUUUAUAUAUAAAAGAUAAAUAUUUAAGAAUAUCAUACAUGUACGUGAAUUAUGUGUAUUGAGCGUGUAUUCGUUCAUUAUUUUUUUAUAAUCGUUUGUUAACAAAUAAUACGUCUUUUUUUUCAUCCGUACUUGUAGUUGAAGUUACGGUUGUAUCUUAUCAAUUUUUAUUAGUGCUAACCUGGAGGCUGUCUCUUGAUGUUAAAGAAAAUUCAAAAAGUUAAGGGUAUUCUUGAAAAUGGGUGAUUAUAUAUCAUAAAAGAGCAAUGAAAUAAUAAUUUCAUGUUAAAGUAAAAUAUGUUUAUUGACAUAAUAUUAUGUACAGAUAUUAUGUAUAACGUCAGUUAGGAAGCAAUUCGGGUAUCGCAAGUUGUAAAGAAAAAGAUAAGCAUGCAUUUAAAAGGGGAGUAUUGUUACGAGGUUUCCGCCAGUUUUAUUUAAAGCCUAUUUAAGCAUAUAUUUACAAAUUAUAAUUUUAGAUACUUAUACAUAUUACAAUGUUAUGAAAUUAUUUUAAUUUAUAUCUUGUAGCAAUUCCAUUCUUAUAUGGUAUAGUACCUACCUAUUAAGUAAAAUAAUAUCUAUUCGAUUCCAUUACAUCAAAAGACAGCCUGUUGAUAUCAACUGCGUUAAAAACUUAAAAUACAUUACUGUUUAAUCUUAAACGGGUUAUCUGAAAAGUAAUAUAAUAAGCGCUUUUACAUUUCCGUGUCUUCCCGACAAUAUUCAAUAUUCAUCGACGCUGGUAGGUAUUAUAGGAUUUAAUUAAUCUGUCUCUUAUCAAAGUAUCUAUUUUAGCCUAAGAACAAUAACUUAUUGUUCUUACUAGACUUAACUUAUUGUUCUAGCUAAAAUUUGAAAUUAUAAUAAAGAUCUGACAGCAUAGUAUUAUACGCAAAAUCAUUAAUUGCUGUAAUUUGUAAUUUAGUUCUUCAGGCCCGUUAUAUUGGUUUUAUAUAAGGAUAUUGUACUAAGUUACUAUGAGAACAAUAUUCAAUUAAAAUUUCAUACACCAGUGUUAA